UUGUGUCCUACAAGCCGCCGGCGGCGCCGCCGAGUGAGGGGACGCGGCGCGGCAGGGCGGCGCGGCCCGAGGAGGCGGCGGAGGAGGGGCCGCCCGCGGCCCCAGGCUCACCCCGGCGCUCCGGGCCGCUCGGCCCCCAUGCCUGCCCGCCCGCCCUGCCGGGGCCCCAGGUGACCAGCGCCAUGUCCAGCCAGGUGGUGGGCAUUGAGCCUCUCUACAUCAAGGCAGAGCCAGCCAGUCCUGACAGCCCAAAGGGUUCCUCGGAGACUGAGACUGAGCCCCCCGUGGCCUUGGCCCCUGGCCCAGCUCCCACCCGAUGCCUCCCAGGCCACAAGGAGGAGGAGGAUGGGGAGGGGGCUGGGCCUGGCGAGCAGGGUGGUGGGAAGCUGGUGCUCAGCUCCCUGCCCAAACGCCUCUGCCUGGUCUGUGGGGAUGUGGCCUCCGGCUACCACUAUGGUGUGGCAUCCUGUGAGGCCUGCAAAGCCUUCUUCAAGAGGACCAUCCAGGGGAGCAUCGAGUACAGCUGUCCAGCCUCCAACGAGUGCGAGAUCACCAAGCGGAGACGCAAGGCCUGCCAGGCCUGUCGCUUCACCAAGUGCCUGCGGGUGGGCAUGCUCAAGGAGGGGGUGCGUCUGGACCGUGUCCGGGGUGGGCGACAGAAGUACAAGCGGCGGCCAGAGGUGGACCCGCUGCCCUUCCCAGGCCCCUUCCCUGCUGGACCUCUGGCAGUAGCUGGAGGCCCUCGGAAGACAGCCCCGGUGAAUGCACUGGUGUCCCACCUCCUGGUGGUUGAGCCUGAGAAGCUGUAUGCCAUGCCCGACCCAGCGGGCCCUGAUGGACACCUCCCAGCCGUGGCUACCCUCUGUGACCUCUUUGACCGAGAGAUCGUGGUCACCAUCAGCUGGGCCAAGAGCAUCCCAGGUUUCUCGUCACUGUCGCUGUCUGACCAGAUGUCAGUUCUGCAGAGCGUGUGGAUGGAGGUCCUGGUGUUGGGUGUGGCCCAGCGCUCACUUCCACUGCAGGAUGAGCUGGCCUUUGCCGAGGACCUGGUCCUGGAUGAAGAGGGGGCUCGAGCAGCUGGCCUGGGGGAACUGGGGGCUGCCCUGUUGCAGCUGGUGCGGCGACUGCAGGCCCUGCGGCUGGAACGCGAGGAAUACGUUCUGUUGAAGGCCCUAGCCCUCGCCAAUUCAGACUCUGUGCACAUUGAAGAUGCUGAGGCUGUGGAGCAGCUCCGAGAAGCUCUACACGAGGCCCUGCUGGAGUAUGAAGCUGGCCGGGCGGGCCCCGGAGCGGGUGCUGAGCGGAGGCGGGCAGGCAGGCUGCUGCUUACGUUACCGCUCCUUCGCCAGACGGCAGGCAAAGUGCUGGCCCAUUUCUAUGGGGUGAAGCUGGAGGGCAAGGUGCCCAUGCACAAGCUGUUCCUGGAGAUGCUGGAGGCCAUGAUGGACUGAGGCGAGGGCUGGGCACAGGUGGGGGUGCUGGCAGGACCUGCCCAGCACGGGGUCAGCCCCAAGGGGGCAGAGCUGGGGUCUGGGCAGUGCCACAGCCUGCUGGCAGGGCCAGGGCAACACCAUCAGCCGGAGCAGGCCCUAUGCCCUCCCCUCCCCCCUCCCAGGGGGUGUCAGAAGCUGGGAACGUGCAUGCCCAGGCUCUGGGCACAGUGCUGCCCCUCGCAAGCCAUAACGUGCCCCCAGGGUGUAGGGGGCCUUGCGGAAGCCAUAGGGGGCUGUAGGGGGCGUGUGUGUGUGUGUGUGUGUGUGUGUGUGUGUGUGUGUGUG